AUGAUCUGUCGUCUGAAUUUACUUCUGAUCGGACUUAUUUGCCGAAUUGCAUCCGUGUCCCCGAUAGAUGAAAUGGAAGCGGAUGACGAGGUGCUGCAUUUGAUCGGCGACGCGGACUUCCGCGACGUACGUCUCCGAUGGGAGUACGGGACUGAUGACGAGCGGACUAAGGUGCUCGCCUUCCAAGUGCACUAUUGCGAGCUGCAGGCUUGGGGGCAGUACCGGUGUCGCACUAAAGUGGUAGAUGACUUGGAGGAGGAAAAAUCGGGAAGGGCUCGGCCGGCGGAUACGACAACCACUGCAAAGCCUGGCGUUACCCGCCGCGGCCGCGCAUACAGCACGUACAUCAAAGGCCUGCGGAUGGCUACUACGUAUUCGUUCGAAGUGCGGCCAGUAAAGCGUGAUGCUCGCGAUUUAGCCGACCCGCACUCCAUCGGAUCCAAAAUCAUCAUAGUGCCUACGAAAGGAUUUUCAGCCAGAGCGACACAAUGCUUGCCUCACGCUAGUGAAGUGGAGGUCUCAACUGGACCAUAUUUUGGCGGCCGCAUUGCUGUGGAGGCAGCAGAUGGCGGGCCGGAACGUUGCUCUAUACAAGGCAAUCCGAAUAGUGCCCAGGACGCGUACAUUUUGCGCAUACACCACGAAGAGUGCGGCUCCGAUGUAAAUGAAACUACGGUCGCUACAUACGUCAUCGUACAAGAAAACUUGCCCAUACUAACUCACAGUACACGUCGGGCGGGAAUCAAUUUGCCAAAGGCCAAUCCAGGAGACGUGCUUCAUGAAACGAAACCCAUCGGCUCCGUGGAGCCCUAUGAGAACCAGGACAUGGACUACAACGAUCUACAGCCGGCGAGGCUGGAAGCACGUAAACAAGAAAUGCAACAAAGUGUGUUUGGCGAGGUUUCACUGGUGAUGUUCUUAGUCGUCGCAGCCUUUGGCGGUAUUGCCUUGCUAAUAUGGAAAAUGGUGCCCCGAACGGAGGGAGACAAUGUCUCCGUCUCAACAAUGUCAUCGAUGCGUAGCAGCAUUUUUCGAAGAAACCUAGAUCGGUUUUCCGACAGGGGCUCUGUAUACUCUAUCACGUUAUCAGAAAAGGACGAGGGCCCGACGAUGAAAAGCCACGAAGGCGACAAUACUUCUGAAGCG